CAUCUUCUUCUGAGCUGGAAGACAUCAAGAUUCACUGGAAGCUUCCCUCUCCAGAUAUGGCUGUGCUAGGCUUUAUCUUAUCUCUCACAAUCCUUUCACUAGGGCAUGGGAUGCCCACUCUUCUUCACUCAAAGGAGGCCACAUUUCCUUUACAAGGAUCUACACACAGACUGGAACCUUCACCUGUACUUCAUGGAAAAAGACUCCCCCAUGAUAUGAAAUAUCCAGUCUACAUGAUGCACAUGUACCAGAAUCUCAUGUCAGGGAAAUUUAAAGAUUUGUCCAUUCAGGGAGAACCUGCUCUUCUGGAAUCUGACACAGUUUUGAGCCUCAUUGCAAAAGGAUGCACCCAAGUGGAUAACCGGUGGACAUUAUCUUUCGACAUGUCUUCGGUCUCCAUUAGCAGUGAGUUAAGGCUGGCGGAGCUGAGAAUUCACUUGCCUUCCUUUCAGAGGUUCCAGAAUGUGACACUAGAUAUCUACCACACCAAGAGAAAUGUGGAGAGACUAUUCCUAGGGUCGGUCACCAUAGAUUCCAUUGUUACUCCAGGUUCCUCCUGGAAAGUCUUUAACCUGACACAGAUGCUGCACCGCUACCUCUAUCAUAAAGAAAGAAUCUCCAGUGAUGAAUACACCGAUCUACUGGCAACUUCACAUGAAGAACAGAAAUGCAAUGGUCUCCUAGCUGAAAGAAUCAUGUUGGUGGUAUUUUCUACAGAUAGACCCUCUUCCAAACUCACUGGCUCCCCAAGCCUCAUUGAAACAGUUGAGUCCUCAAAGUAUGUCACAACAGAGGCAGACACCAGAGAAACAGGCAAGAGACGACACAGGAGGAAUCAUUAUGACCAGAACAGCAUCAUAAGAAGCGGCUUUCAUUCUCGGCCUGUGGGAGAUGAUAAAACCCUGUGUAAGAGAGUAGACAUGAUUGUGGACUUUGAGAAAAUUGGUUGGGGAGACCUGAUUAUUUACCCCAAGAGAUUCAAUGCUUAUCGAUGUGAAGGAUCCUGCCCGAUUCCACUGGAUGAGAACUUCAAGCCAACAAACCACGCCUACAUUAAAAGUUUGGUUAACUUCUUCAAUCCUAAAAGAGUAGCAUGUCCAUCAUGUGUACCAGUGAAGAUGAGGCCUCUGUCAAUGCUCAUGUAUGAAGGGGAUGAAAUUGUUCUGAAACACCAUGAAGACAUGAUUGUAGAGGAAUGUGGAUGUUAUUAAGGACAAGCAUACAGUUGGGUGCCCUAUAAUUAAGCACUGAUACAAACAGCUGAGAAGAGUCUUCUACAUUAAGCACAACAGAGACAAAGCCUCAAACUGUAGGAGAUGCUGAAAAACUUCUGAUAAAGACUUGAAGGAGAUGCAAGACAUUCAGGGCUGGUAUUGAAGAUGAAGGAAAUAUUCAAGGCACUUCAUAAAAAUAAAGACUGUGUUACUUUAACAUAAAAAAUAAUUGUUUUACAUUGUACAAUAUCUUAUAUAUUUUCAAUGCUGAAACUUAAAAUUAAGAAACAAGUAUAUUUGUGUUGCAAAUGCCGAGAAAUAUAUUGGGAUGUAAAUAAAUGUAUUUAUAUAUUACAAUGCUUUAACAAUAAAGAAGGACACUAAAAUAUCUUGUUUCUAAUUAGUUUUUUAUACAUAUGUACAUAUGGUUAUUUAUUUCAUGCAGGUACCGUAGCAAGUUGUAGAUACACUUUCAAAUAUAUCAUCUUGUAGGUACAAUGUCUCAGUAUGACACAAAUCUCAUGUACCUAAACCUACAAUAUGGAUUUGCUCUUUUUUAAAUUGCAAA